CUGUUUUAUUGGUUUGUUCUCAAGGUAAACAUAAUCCUGGCGUCUAUCUUAAAUUAACUUCGCAGUUCGGCGACAGACGUCGACUUGCGUUCCGCAAGUGAAUUUUUUUUGCGUUUCACACGUCACGCGGUCGGCGUCGUCGCGAUCUUUUGGUGCCCUCGAAUUAGUCAACAAACGCGGCAAUUCGCGGCACGCUAUGUGCAUCAGGCGCGAUGACGCUGUCUCGCGCCCACGAAGAUUUCGGCAGCGACGAUGAGUUCGUCGAUCCGAAAAACGGCCUCGUCCAGUACCUAGGUUACGAAAAUGCCGAUCGACUGCCCGGCUUCGAUAACGUCGUCGUCGCCCAUUCGAGCGACGUCCAUUUUGGCGACAAAAACGUGUACAACGGCCCGGUCACCAUCAAACAGGUGGUUUACGCGAACGGGUCCGCGACUUUGGCGGACCCUAACGGCAAAGAGGGCGAAUCGCCGGGCGGCAGAGACAACGUGGCGUUUGUCGAAGACGGCGCGGAAAUCGGUAAACGGGACGAGGCCGAAACCCCCCGAGGUGACGGAUCGCCAAGAGGCUUCAUAUGGCUCCAAAACGCUUCCAAGCGGCGUCCGCUGGAAAUAGCGAUAUUUCUCGCCGUCGUGCUCCUGUCGCUGUUCGUUUUGCUGUCCGUCCUUUUCCUCAAGCGCCCGGCCGAGAAGGCGCGCGGUUCUACCGUUUCGGACACUCACGAGCAAGACGUCAUCAAUCCCGUCGAUUACGAGCCCAGUCUAACGGUUUCCACCCAACUCGCGAGCAAGCUGCACAUAUUCAGCCGCAUCGAGUGGUUGGCUCAGCCGCCCGUGCAAAAGCCCAACGCCCUGCCCACUCCCGUGCCUUACGUCAUUAUCCAGCACACGGCCACCGAAAAUUGUUCCUCCCACGGCCAGUGCAUCCUGCACGUUAGGACCAUCCAAAUGUUCCACAUCGAGAGCCGCGGCUGGUGGGACAUCGGGUACAACUUCCUGGUGGGAGGGGACGGCGCGGCGUACGAGGGCAGGGGUUGGACGUCGGAGGGGGCGCACACGCUGGGGUACAACUCGAAGAGUCUGGGCAUCGCGUUCAUAGGUACCUUCGUCGCGGAAAAGCCGCCCGAGAUCCAGCUGGUCGCGUGCCAGAAAUUGAUCCAGAAGGGGGUGGACGACGGCUACGUGGCCAAAAACUACAAGUUGCUCGCGCACCGGCAGCUCCACACGACGGAGAGCCCCGGCGCCGCCCUGUUCCAGGAGUUGCAGACCUGGAGCCAUUGGGCGGCGGAACCGUGA